UGCACGUAUGGAUGCGUGCGUGUGUGCGGAUCUGUGUGUGCGCGUAAACAGCUUCUCAGAACUGGAGCUGCGGCAGCGGAGUCCUUGGAAGGAAGGGGCGACGACGAGCCGUUGGAAUCGUGAUUCAGGACUAUUAGGGAAAGAAUGAGCUGCUUCUGAGUCAUCGCGAGCCUCCAGACUUUCCCCGCAGUGUGGCAGAACUUUGUGCUGAUGAGACAAUAGUGAAGCGUGUGCUCGCUGCCCUCCACCAUGUGCUCCAGGUAGGACAUGCACAUUGUGGUGGCAGGCGCGUCUGCAGCUGGGAAGCAGGAGGCUCCUCUGAACAUGGAGAGAUAAGACCUUGUCCUGCAGGCCUGCCUGACAGAGAGCCCUGCCACCCUGGCUGAGCUUGCCCGUGUCCUUGAGAUGGAUCGUCAGCAGGAGGCCGAGAUGGAGCUGCGCAGGGGCCCCGAGGUGGCCGGGGAUAAGGCCCUGAGCCACAGCUGCUGCAUUUGCGGCAAAAGCUUUCCCUUCCAGAGCUCCCUGUCGCAGCACAUGCGCAAGCACACGGGUGAGAAGCCCUACAAGUGCCCCUACUGUGACCACAGGGCUUCCCAGAAGGGCAACCUCAAGAUCCACAUUCGCAGCCACCGCACGGGGACUCUGAUCCAGGGCCAUGAGCCUGAGGCCGGCGAGACGCGUGUGUCCGAGGGCCUGGACGGCUGCACCAGCCCCACGAAAAGCACUUCGGCCUGCAACAGGAUCCUCAAUGGCGCCACGCAGCUGGACAACAGCAAGAUCCUGCUGAGGAGCAGCAGGAAGGAGGCGGAGGGGGCCGCAUGCUCUGGGGAGGAUGGCGGGGCAGUGGCUCAGUGCUCCUUCUGCAAGAGCAAGUUCGAGCGCAAGAAGGACCUGGAGCGUCACGUGCACCGGGCACACAAGCCCUUUAAGUGCCGGCUGUGCAGCUACGUGACGCUGAGGGAGGAGUCCCUGCUGAGCCACAUUGAGAAGGACCACAUCACCGCACAGGUGCCCAGUGGGGAGGCCUGCGUGGUGAACGGCAAGCCGGAGCUGCCGCCUGGGGAGUUCCCGUGCGAGGUGUGCGGCCAGGCCUUUAGCCAGACCUGGUUCCUGAAGGCGCACAUGAAGAAGCACAGGGGCUCCUUCGACCACGGCUGCCACAUCUGUGGCCGGAGGUUCAAAGAGCCGUGGUUCCUGAAAAACCACAUGAAGGCGCAUGGCCCCAAGGCGGGGAGCAAGAACAGGCCCAAGAGCGAGCUGGACCCCAUCGCCACCAUCAACAACGUGGUGCAGGAGGAGGCGAUCGUGGCCGGCCUGGCCCUCUAUGAAGUCUGCACCAAGUGCGGGAACCUGUUUACAAACCUGGACAGCUUGAAUGCCCACAACGCAGUCCACCGCAGGGUGGAGGCGGGCAGAACUCGGGCCCUGAGCGGGGAGGGCGAACUCGGCCCUGCGGACUCCCAGCAGCUCUUCCUCCAGUGCCUGAACUUGUGCCCCGUUGGAACCGGUGCACCAGCCCACGGACAGACCGGGCAGCGGGUGGCCGAGCUGGACCCGGUCAACAGCUACCAGGCCUGGCAGCUGGCCACCCGGGGCAAGGUGGUCGAGCCGGCCGAGUACCUCAAGUACGGGACGUGGGACGAGGCGCUGGCUGGGGAUGUGGCCUUUGACAAGGAGCGGCGCGAGUACAUCCUGGUGAGCCAGGAGAAGCGCAAGCGUGAGCUGGAGCCUGGUGCGCAGGGCCCCCCACGAAAGAGGGCAGGCGCACCAGGGGACCUUGCACCUGGGUCCCUGGACCCUAGGCCCGCCUCACGCCCCAGCCGCCGGGCUACCACCCCAGCCGGCCAAGGCAAGUCCUCCGAGUGCUUCGAGUGCGGCAAGAUCUUCCGCACCUACCACCAGAUGGUGCUGCACUCUCGGGUGCACCGCCGUGCCCGCAGGGCACUCAGCGAGGGCGAUUCGGUCUCACAGCCCAGCAGCCCUGGAUCGGCCUGCGCAGCCACUGACUCCCCAGGCUCUGGCCUGGCAGAGGAGGGUGCUGAUGAGAGCGGAGAGGAGGGUGCCGCAGACCCUGCACCAGGGGCAAAGCCACACAGCCGCCGCUUUUCCGAAGACGUGGCUCAGCUCCUGCUCUCCAAUGGAGGCCAGAGUCACAGCCUUGGACGCACCCUGCCAGGACAGGACCCCGGCGGGCCCCGCGCGGAAACGGCAGCCCCUGUGUCCGCACGUGAGGACCGCAGCAGGGAGACCGCCAGGAGACCGGAGCUGCCUCGAUUUUCUGUGGACUUGAAGAUGCCUGCGUGCCACCCCAAGCAGGAGGUCCGCGGCUUUCGGGACGCCGUAGACUUCCCUUCGAAUGCAGGUCAGGCUUUUCCAGAAGGCGCGGCCCUACAGCUAUCCUCGGAGAGCCCGGCUGGCCACCCCAAAGAGAAGCCCUGUGAUCUGCACAACAAGGAGCAUUCUGGGGGCAGGAGAGCGCCGGCCCCAGACCUGAUCCCGCUGGACCUGAGCGAGAGGUCGACCCGGGACGACCCCAGCCACAAGGAGCUGGCCUCCUCGCUGCAGGCGGCGCUGGCCGUGUACCCGUGUCCCUACUGCAGCCACAAGACCUACUACCCCGAGGUGCUGUGGAUGCACAAGCGGAUCUGGCACCGCGUCAGCUGUAGCUCCAUGGCCCCCCAGUGGACGCAGCCCAACGGCUACAAGAGCAUCAGAAACAACUUGGUUUUCCUCGUCCGGAGCGGACGCACAGGCCCCCCGCCCGCCCUUGGGGGUAAAGACUGCCAGCCUCUGCCCAUCGCUAGGUUCACGCGCACCCAGGUGCCGGGUGGCGCGCCAGGGCCCAAAGGCAGCUCCUUGCCCCUGGGUGGGACCCCAAAGGCCACCGGCAUGCCUAAGAGCCGGGAGGGCCAUCUGGGGGGCCCCUGCGCUCUCUGGGCAGCUGGCUCCGAGGGGCCUCGGCAGACUGGCUGCAGCAGCAGUGCCACCCCCACACCCACUGUCAUUGCCCGGGUGGGCUCCCAGCCCCCGGCCACCAGCAGGCUGGGGGACAAGUAUGUCAUCGCCCCUGUGGGGGCCGGCCUGGGCCCCCCAAAUAAGCACAGUGCCCCGGACCCACCGAAAGCCAAAUUGAGCCCUCAGCCUCAGGGUCAGCUGCAGGUGAAAGACGACGGGGGCCCCGCUCUACCUCCCCGAGAGCCCCCCUCCAAGGCCAGCCAGGGCUCCAGAGGGAACACAGCCCCGCAGGCCCAGCCCACCCCGCAGGCCGUCAAGCAGGAGCCGGCGCCCGAGGGCCAUGAGAAGCGUCUAGACAUCCUCAAUAUCUUUAAGACCUACAUUCCAAAGGACUUGGCCACGCUCUGCCAGAGCUGGGGGGCCAGCGGCCCUGCGCCCGAGCACAGAGGGACGCCCCGGACGCAGGCCCGCCAAGGAGACUUCGUCUGCGUGGAGUGCGGGAAGUGCUUCCACCAGCCCAGCCACCUGCGGGCACACAUGCGGGCUCACUCAGUGGUGUUUGAGUCCAACGGCCUCCGAGGUGCUGACGUCCACGCCACCUCCACGGAUGCCCCCAAACAAGGGAGAGACCUUUCUAACCCAGAUGCCGUCCAGACAGUGCCUCUCAGAAAGGGCACCUAAAGACUCGUCUCCAGUGAACCCCGGUGCCCCGUGACAGCCGUUCGCAGUCCCCUCCUGGAUGUCCCAGCUGCCUCCCAGCAGAGACCCUGACCACCCGUGCGAGGAAGAGUGGCCGCCCUCCCCACCCGCCACCCCUCAUCUUAGACCGCUGUGCUGGCCCGGAAGCUGCAGGGCCAGGCCUCUCCUGGCCGGACGUUGAGGAAUAAAUAAAGACGCUGAACUCUAGAACUCCAUGCAGAUGUUCCGAACGCGUAUGCGUGCUCGUCGACCAUGGUCCCACGUUUCCUGUGAUAGACGGUGGCGUUGGCAGGCACAGCGGGAGCACACGUCUGUGCUGCUCACGACGAGUGGAGACACUGGAAAAGAGCUGCUCACGCGUGUGGGACCGAGUGAAGCCGUGUGUGCAGGACUGUGGGGCGAUGGCGGGGCUGGGGUUGAGCUGACACAGUGUUACUGCUAUGGCCUCUCCCGUCUUACUGGGUAUUUAUGUGGUGAAUGAGACAGGAAGGAGGGGGCGUGCAGGUGCUGUGCGUACCAGGCUGGGUGGGGCAGGCGGUGGCAACCCCCCUCCCCGUCCCACCGUUAGGUUAGGCCGCCUCCCCGGGGCCCUCUGCACCCCCAUUGCUCCUUUCCUUCACCCCACGUCUGUGCUCAGCGUGUGGGUGGGAACACGGCCAUGGGGAUGUUUCUGUUCUGCUUCCGGAACAGAGCGAGUUGAACACUAAGAAAAGCAGGCUUCUUUGUUUAUUCUCAGGACCUCUUGUAACAGGGCUACAUUCUGCAAACUGCUCACAAAGGAAGGCUGCCCGUCUUAACGCCAUCCAGGUCUGGACCAUUUUGGUCGUGCAGGAGAGCCCUGGGAGACUUGGGGGCCCAUCACCCUGAGCUGGUGCUCUGGAACCUUCUGCUCUCUCUCCCUGCCCCACCCCAGCAAGUAGGCCUGUUUCUCCGCGGGCCUGGUGCCCUCCUGGUGCCCCCCACAGGACGAGCGAGCAUCCUCGUUCCCAGAGCAUGGAGGUCCCCAGGCCCCUGGGUGGGGUGGGCGGCUCUAUAUACCUCUUCCUCAGUCAGGCAAAUGUAAGUUUUCGUGGUGGGGUUAAGGCCCCCAACAGAGGAUCUUAAAUCCUGCAGUGUACGCAGUGAAGAUCCCAGUCCACAGAUACAAAUAGUUUCUUUCCUUGGUACCGUGACACUCGGGUGAUGACGGUAACCUUUCUGAGAAUUUCAGACGUUUGCACAUAGGAUCUUAUGCAUUAUCAAAAGUUACUGCUGCCUUGAAUGAAAAUGUUCUGUGAAAUUUUUUGCAAAAGCUUUACUAGGUUUUUUUUAAUUGUGAAAUUUUGUAAAGGCAGGAAGUGGAUUAAAAUGAGCAUGCUACAUAUAUUUUUCAAAAAAGCAAUAAUUUUACAUGUACAGAAAUUAUCCUUAACCUUUAAUACUGGUGAGAGCGACAGUUUACUUCAUACCGUAAUGGGUUAGCGCAGUUUUUGUAGAAAAUGGGCUUCUGAUACAAAGAGUUGUUUAAACACACACACACACACACACACACACACACACACACAUACCCUAAAGUGUGGUUUUUUUUUUGUUCUAAUGAUUUGUUGAAUUAUUAUAUUAUUAUUAUUGUUGUUAUUGUUAUUAGUUAGUGUUUGGUUCUGGAUUCUACUUGUUACUGAAUUUAAAUUACUUGACGGUUCAGGUUACUUUGCAACACUUGGAAACAAUGCAAUGUAACUGGCUAGUUUAUAUAUAUAUGUAUAUGUGCAUAUAUAUAUGCACAUAUAUACAGCACACACACAUAUGUAUAUGUGUGUAUGUAUAUCUAAUUUUUUACUUGGUUUUCCUGAUAUUCUUACACCAGAUAUGUCCCAGAAUGACCUGUCUUGUCGGUGUAAUUGGGAAUGUCCUUGCAAAUACGGUUAAGCGACUGUGACGGACUGUUCUGUAAAGUUAUUUUGAGCAGAUACAUUCCUCUGUUCACCUUAGAAACCACAAUGCCUUUCUGUUGACUUAUGUUGGAUCAUUUCGAUACUUUUCCCAAAGUGAUCAUUUCUGCAUUUUCUGGCUUUUCGUUUCUUGGCUGAAAGUGAAAGAUGACAGUUUAGGAACACACAGGGGCUAGUGACUUAGUCCUGGUCUGUUUCUCUGAGUUUUAGUUAUUAAAGAAAGUCUGUACCCAAAGUGACACGGAGGCGUCGUGUCCCUUCUUACUGUUGGAAAGCAGCACCCAGGAGCCCAGCUGGCACUCCGAGCUGGGCGUGUCUUCACGGAGACUCCUCUCUGGGGAGCCUGGCAGGCUGAGGGGUGGUUCCUGGGCAUCAGCAGAGGGUGAAAUCGUAGGGCAAAUAAUUGUGAGCUGCAAGGAGUCCAGAAAUGAGGUUUCUACUUAAUGACAGAGACGGGAGGGGACCCCCUAGAACGCCCCCCUCUGAGACACACCGUUUCCAGCCUGACUGUGGUUCCUUCUUCCACUGAUCAUCAGUAUUGUAUUGGUUUGUGAAUGCCUUCCUGUCAGCCCUGCCGUAGUAUUUAAUAUGAUUUGUGUUUUCUUAUUUAUUUAGCCAAUGUGUUUCAAUUUGCUUUCCUUCGAACGAUGAUUUCCGCGUGAUCUCUCCUGUAAGUCACCUCUGACUGUUCCAGACUUUUCUACUACCUCUACCGAUCUGCUGUUUCCUCGAUUCUUCACAGGAUUUACAGUGUUGGCGUCUAAUGUGACUUGGACAAUAAAGGGUUUGGUUGUCUACUUGCA